CGAUGAUGUCACACUCGAACGCGGGAGAAUUUCGAAAUAGUCCUUUUUGUGCAAUGUGUCAGGUGAUAUAAAUAAUUGAACAACUACUGGUUAUUUUCCGGACUUCACUGGUUUAUAUCUUCAGAAGAAACAAUGGAAAAGAAAGAAUUUAUUGUCCUAUAUACGCAUCAGAAGACAAAGAAGUCAAAAGUGUGGCAAGAUGGGAUUCUGAAGCUCACUCAUGUAGGAAACAAAGCAACUUUAUAUGAUGACAAAGGAACAUGUUUGGAAAGCCUAUUUCUUAAGUGCUUUGAGGUGAAACCAGGAGAUGACUUGGAAAGUGAUCGAUACUUAAUCACAGUUGAGGAAGUUAAGACUGCUGGGAGCAGAGUAGUUAAACAGGAUGUCAUUGAAACACCAGAGUCAAAUUCAAGGAAGGUUGUAUCUUCUGGCCGCUCUCUUGGAUGCCAGCCUGCUGGUUUAAAAAGGAACUUCGCUGGUUAUCAAAGACCACAUCAAGUCCCAAAGAAAGUGGUUGUUACAGAAAAUGCUACAUCAUCUGAAACACUGGAGACAGAGAAACCCUAUUUUCCAUUUUUCCCUCCAUUCUCAAGCACACCUCCUUUGUUUUCUACAGUUGGCAAGAGAGUUAUAAAUAAUAUGCCAACAGUCCCUGAGAACAUUUUCACUUCCAAGAACAUAGAAAGAAACACCAUGCCUUGUUCUUCAGUUGUCUCUUCUUCAUCCUUCAAUAGUGACCCACAACUGCUAAGUGAAGAAAAUUACUUUUGCUCUUCUAUCAAUUCUAAAAGUAGACAUUCAGAUUCUCUACUGAACAGUGAGCCCAUAAGUGCAAAUAGUUUGGUACCACACUAUGAAGUUUCACAAACUAUCAGAAGCAAAGCACAAAUAUUAGCUCUUCUGAAGUCCAACUCAAAUCAUAAGUAUAAAGACCUAAAUUUUGAGAUUACAGGAAAUUUUUCUCAGGUAGAACCACAAGGAAGUUCUGAAAAAAUUCCCUCUACAUCAAAGUAUUUACAUCAACAGGAAGAGUAUGCUCAGACAAAAGGCACAGAAAAUCUACACGAGGAGCGACCAUCAGAAAAUACUACAAAAACUAAAAGCCGGUGGUCCAUAUAUCUAUCUUCACAGAGUUGUCCUGUAGAUGAGAAUGAUAGAGAAGGGAAUCCUGAGUCCCAGGAAGAUGACAUAAAUUUGAAAAACUUUUGGGCACAAAAGAACAUACAGACCUUUGAAGCAUGCCCCCAAAAUGGAAACAACCACAAUCAGUUCUGGAAUCUGGAAGAAAAGUUAGAAUCUCCUUUCUGUGAAAGCAGCAGCUUACUGGUUAGUUGUAACAGUGCGGAAAACAAUGGCUUAUUAUUGGCAUCCGAUACUCAGAAAAAUAGUAAAAUAUCUCUUAAUGAUAAUAACAGAGUGUGCAUAGAAGACCCAGUUUGCAUUAGAGAAAAGGUGGUCAGUACAUGUGGACCAUUAGAACAAGACGAUAAGCCAGGGUCACCUCUGCCAAAAUCAGAAUAUCUGCAAGGUGAACCCUCUCUACAAAACAAGUCUAGUCUCUCUGAUGGUACCGCAGGUAUGUCUUCUGAAUGUCAUACUGGUAAUGAAAGUCCAAGUACUGUUUGUGAACCUUCACAGCCAUCUAUAGAGGUAACUUUUAAUCUAAGCAAUUUUGAGAUCAGUGACACAGACGAGGAAUCACUGUAUGAAAGCAACAGACAUUCCCAGGAUUCAGAGCAUGAGGAAAAGGAAAUUUUGGUUAACGAUGGCCAGUCAUAUGUGCAAAAGGGUUGUGAGGAUAUAAACUGUCAAGAAAUUGGUAGUGAACAUUUACCAUUUUUAACAGCUGCUGGUGGCAAACCUAAGGAGAUAUUGCCCAGAAAAGAGCUUCUGUUAUCAGAGUUUUGUGAUAGAAUCUGUGUGGGUUUUGACACUGGCCCUUGCAAAGAUGGAAACACUGGAAAAGCAACAGAGGAACAGGAUGGUGACACAUUAAGCAAUUUUGACUUGUCCUUAGAGUGGAAUGACGUUGAUGCACACGUGGAUAGCAACAGAGGUGCUGCUAAACCUACCCAAAAAGUUAGAAUUAACUAUGAUUGUGCUUCACCUUUGAAUAAAGGUUUAAAUAGGGGCUUACAUAUUCUUCAUUUUUCAGACACAGCCACUAAUCAGAUUCCUAAAAACAAGGAUGUAUUUUCAGAAGAUGCCCACUCUCAGCCUUCUAGUUUGGAAAGUGACCUAGACAAAAAUGAAGUUGAGGUUUUAACACCAAUCUGUGACACUGAUGAUAGUAUCCAACUAUUAAAUACCAGUCAGGAUCACUCUGAAUAUAUUGCCUUUGAUAAGUCAAAAACUCAGAGUUUCAGUUCUUUUUUUUGCCCUCAGAGGAAAAAUCAUCCUAUUUCUGAAGAGGCUGAGGCAUAUAUUCCGGAAACGGGAGAUUUGGAAAGGAUUAGAAGUUCAACCCAGGAUUAUGUUGCAGUUGAAACCUCAAGGAAAAGCACACACACCUGGAGUAACUCUAGAGAUUGUUCAGAACUUCCUGGAGUAGUAAAUGACUUUUCCCUCUUAAAAUCACUAUCUGAACAUAGUACAGCUUUAGAAAGUGUAGAAAUAUUUCAAAAGAAAGACGCUGCCUUUAAACAACAAGGAAUUGAGCAAACAUAUGAACCAGAUAGCUUUCCUGAAGCUAGGAAAGUAUUUACUACAGUAGUUUCACAAGCUAUACCAGUAUCUCCUCAACUAAAGCAGAAUUCUCAACAGUUCUUUCCCCUGGAGACUGAAGAAGAUACUGCAUUUCAAGCAGCUAUUCCUCAAGAAAUAGAGGGAAAAAUCUGUGAUCCUAAGCCUGUUGUGUUUCAAGGGCACCAGGUGAAAGGAUCAGCUACUAGUGGUGAGAUGGUCAGAGGACAUAGCUCACAGCUGGUAGGACGCAGUCACUUUUCAGGUACCAUGGACUAUGAAGACUUCAUGAAAGAUAUGUCCUUCUUGGCACCGGAUUUGCCUAACCCUUAUAUGCAAGCUGAGUUCUUAGAGGUAAUAUCACCAGAACAAAAGAUCUCUACAUUGAAUCCAGUUUCUACAUUUCCUUUGAACUCAAGAGAUGAAGACGUAGUGACUGAGUUCUCCGAGGAAUCUCUGAAAGCAAGAACUUUACCUGGAAUGAAGAACUUCAGUUCUCUGCAGACUGAGAACCUUCAAAGGCCUCCCUUAUUAACUAGAGGCCAGAUGCCUUUUGCUACUCUGCCACCGGCUUACAGGCCAGAUGACUUAGAAGAUUCUUGUUCUUUCUUCAUUGGCCGUGAAGCACGAGAGUCUUCUAGUUCUCCUAUGCUCAACUUGUAUAACAAGUCAGAAGUUCUUCCUUUUAGCUUUCAGCCCGAGGACCAAAGUGAAACUUCUUCUGCUGAAGAAUCUAGGGAAAUGACUCCAGGAGAUGUUCCAAUGCUUGAUACUAAAUCUACUCAAAGCAAGUGGCUGAAAUAUCAAAACACACCCCAAUGCCAUUUGACUGCCCUAAACAGAGUCAAGAGAAAAGUAACAGAUGAAUUCUUUGCUGAGACAGUUUCUGGGAUGCAUUUUAGUGAUCUGAGUGAAAGACAAAGACGAAGUGAUUCCAUGAAUGAAAGCUCUGUAGAUUCUGUGCAUUUACAAAUGAUAAAAGGCAUGCUCUAUCAACACCAGGAUCUUAGCAGUCAAAAUUUGGUUUCUAGGAAGAAAGCACUUUCUUCAAAUUUAAAACAGACUUCCAAAGAGGAGGAAAUUCAAAAUGUGUUAGGAAGGUCUGCCUGCUUCAACUCCAAUGUGAACGACUUACAGGAGAUAAAUGGCUCAGAGCUAUGCUUCCCAAGUGGGCAGAAAAUCACAUCUGCUUUCCUUCCUCAAAGGCAGAUUCACAUACCAGCUGUUUUCCAGUCUCCCAUACAUUACAAGCAGAUCUUUACAUCUUCCAUCAUAGAACAUCUAAAUAUAUUGCUGCUGGGGUUGUCCCAAAGGCUACACAAAGUACUUUCAAAAGUUGACAUAUCAUUUUACACAUCAUCAAAAGCAGAGAAUCUGGAAAAUGUAGAGACAAAUUUACCAUCCUGCCAUCAUAACCAACCAGCAAAACUUGUCAUGGUUAAAAAAGAAGGUCCAAAUAAGGGUCGUUUCUUUUAUGCAUGUGAUAGACCCAAAGCUGAUCAGUGUAAAUUUUUCAAGUGGCUGGAGGAGGUGACUCCAGGAUGGGUGACCCAGGAAGAGUCUCAGCCCAGCAUGGUUUUAAAUGAUAUUAAAAGUAUUGGCAUGUAUUUAAGAAGUCAAAAGAUUCCAGUCUAUGAGGAUUGCCAGCUUUUUGUGAGAAAGGGAUUUGAUUUUCAGAGAAAACAGUAUGGCAAACUAAAGAAGUUUGCUACAAUAAAUCCUGAAUUUCAUAGUGAAACCAAAAGCAAACUUUAUCUAAAGCUGAGUAGGAAGGAAAGUUCUUCAGUUUAUAGCAAAGAUGACCUCUGGGUGGUUUCAAAAACUCUAGACUUCGAACUAGAUACAUUCAUUGCAUGUAGUGCUUUCUUUGGACCAUCAUCUACCAAUGAGGUGGAACUGCUACCUUUGAAAGGCUAUUUCCCUUCUAACUGGCCCACAAACAUCAUGGUCCAUGCAUUGUUGGUCUGUAAUGCCAGCACAGAGCUGACUACUUUGAAAAACAUUCAGAACUACUUUAAUCCAGCUACUCUGCCUCUAACACCAUACCUACUUAACAUGUCUUCAUCAACUACAGUUAGCAGCAGGAAAGUCAGUAAGAGAAAUUUUAUUCCACCAGCCUUUGUAAAUAUCCACACAAAAGCUGAACUACUCAGCCUAGGAGCAACAUUGCAGUUAGCCAAUGAAUUCAUUCAGACACACAAGUUAAACAAGGACCAAGCUACAGCUCUCAUUCAAAUUGCUCAAAUGAUGUCAUCCCUGGAAAGUGUUGGUGAAGUGAAGGAACUGUGUAUCCAUACCCUACCUAUCACAGUCAUACAUGGUGUUUUUGGAGCAGGAAAAAGCUAUUUGCUCUCAGUGGUGAUUUUGUUCUUUGUACAUCUAUUUGAAAAGAGUGAAGCUCUUACAGCUGGAAAUGCAAGGCCAUGGAAACUUCUGAUUUCUUCGUCCACAAAUGUAGCUGUGGACAGAGUCCUUCUUGGGCUUCUUGGUCUUGGAUUUGAAAAGUUUGUCAGAGUUGGAAGUCUUAGAAAGAUUGCUAAGCCAAUUUUACCUCAUAGUUUGCAUGCUGGCUCAGAAAAUGAGAAUGAACAAUUAAAAGAACUCCAUGCCCUCAUGAAAGAGGACCUGACACCCGUGGAAAGAGUUUAUGUAAGAAAAAGCAUUGAGCAGCAUAAGCUGGGGACCAACAGAACCCUGCUGAAGCAGGUUCGAGUGGUUGGUGUUACCUGUGCAGCCUGCCCAUUCCCAUGCAUGAACGACCUGAAGUUCCCAGUGGUCGUGUUGGAUGAGUGUAGCCAAAUAACUGAGCCCGCCUCCCUGCUUCCCAUUGCAAGGUUUGAGUGUGAAAAGCUUAUUCUUGUUGGAGACCCCAAACAGCUACCUCCCACGAUUCAGGGUUCUGAUGCCGCUCAUGAAAACGGAUUGGAGCAAACCCUUUUUGAUCGACUUUGCCUGAUGGGUCACAAGCCAGUUAUGUUGAGAACCCAGUACCGCUGUCACCCUGCAAUCAGUGCAAUUGCUAAUGAUCUCUUCUAUGGAGGAAACCUCAUGAAUGGCAUUUCUGAACCAGAGAGGAGCCCCUUAUUAGCCUGGCUUCCCACCUUGUGUUUCUAUAAUGUCCCAGGACUAGAACAGAUCGAGAGGGAUAACAGCUUUUAUAAUGUGGCAGAAGCAGCAUUUACACUCAAGCUAAUUCAAUCACUGAUUGCAAGUGGAAUAGCCGGCCAUAUGAUUGGGGUGAUAACAUUAUACAAAUCCCAGAUGUACAAGCUUUGUCAUUUACUUACCACUGCCAACUUUGACAGUCCUGAUAUUAAAAGUGUGCAAGUGUCCACAGUCGAUGCUUUUCAGGGAGCCGAAAAGGAGAUCAUUAUUCUGUCCUGUGUACGGACAAGACAAGUGGGAUUCAUUGAUUCAGAGAAACGAGUGAACGUUGCCCUGACCAGAGGAAGGAGGCAUUUGUUGAUUGUGGGAAAUUUAGCCUGCUUGAGGAAAAACCGACUGUGGGGUCGUGUGAUCCAGCACUGUGAAGGAAGGAAAGAUGGACUGCAGCAUGCAAGCCAGUGUGAGCCACAGCUGAACCAUGUUCUUAAAGACUAUUUUGAAAAACAAGCAGAAGAAAAACAGAAGAAAAAGAACAUGAAAGAAAAAUGUAAAGAAAAAUUACAUCCACAGAAAGACAUGGUCUAGGAAUUUUGUAUUUAUGUAAAUUGAGAUUAUUUUACACUAUAUAUUUUUAUUACUGUAAAACUUAUUGAAAAAAUUCGAUUAUGAUACUUAACAUAUUAACAUAUUAAAAAGGCACAACUAAAAUUUUUGCUCUUCAAAGAAGUAUGUUAUACUUACACUGUGCUCCAGCAGCUCACGUCUAUAAU